GAGCGGGUGCAGGGCCCCCGGAGGCGCCCGCGGAGCCGGACCGCCACGGCCCCAGGGAGGAGGACGAGCCCAAGUUGGCUCCCGGACCACAGGUAGGAGCGAGCGAGGCGAGUCCGGCCGCUCCGGCACUUUCACUUCCCGGGAGCGGGGCCGGGGUGAGCUUGGGGAUGAACCAUCUUCCACCGGCUGGGGCUGAGGCUUUCUCCCCCGAGGCGGGAGUGGAGGCUGGACCCUUCUCUCCAAGCCGAAGCAUGGCCCGUCCUGUCCUGUGACCAGGCUGCCUGCCCUCUCCCGCCGCCUCCGGGCUGGAGCAGGGGCUAGACUUUGUGGUCGCAUACCCACCCACACUGGGACUGGGCUCUGAUCCUGAGGCCACAGCCCAGCUCUCUGCCCUUCUCCCCCUGGGCCCACCUGCUCCACCACCUACCCACAGAGCAGCCUGGGGCGCUGUGGCCUGGAAGGCUACAGCCUCUUCCCUCUCCCCCCACCCUGGGAACGGCCCCACCCUUUCCCUUCACUGCCUGCAGCCACUGCCCCCUCAGCAGCUGUGUGCCCCCAGCGUAUGUCUCCUGUGGCCUCCCUCCUCUCCCUGCCCAACAUAGCAGUUGGAGCAGACUGUCAGGCAGCCCCAAAGACUAUUUAGUGGGGCUCCUGCACUGAAGUGAAAACCUAGCAAAGCCUUCCCUUUCUUCCCUCUAUACCCCUGACCCACAAGGUGGCCCAUCUCAACCCUCAGAUCCCUGGGUUUGGUGAAUCCUGCUGAGAGUGAGCAGUAGUAGCAGGAUUCCGCAAAGCCUCCAGCUUGCCACCUGGAAGAAGGUCACUUUCUUUUGAGCAAAGGAGAUAAUGGGAGGUACCCUGCCAGUGUUCACUGAGAGCCCUGGGUGACAUGAGCCUCAGUUGCUCCGGGAGGGUUGUGGCACAUGGGGCUGGGUGGCUCGCCCUAAGCUUGCUCUGACAAAAGAGUUUUGAGUUGGUCUUUUGGCUGAGCCUGCCAAGGAAGGCAGGCUCCUGCAGGAGUCUUGGAGGGUCGGAUGCAGCGCCGGAUGAGGAUGAGGCGUGGCGGAAGAUGCGUUUGGCUCUGCAGACACUGCAUCGGGCAGCAGGGGACUCUGGGAGGCUGGUGCAGCCAGAAGGCAUGGCUCUUGACAGCCUUCUAGUAGAAUCUCUGGAAUUGUGCAUAUCACAGUAAGAUUUUUAAUUAAUGAAAAUGUCACCACUUAUUGAGUGUCAGAAGCCCCACCUUCACCCCACCCCCUCCCCUGGGCUGAGACUGGUUCCAAAGGAUGCAACUCCCCAGGACAGAAGAGGAAAGAAACUAACGGGUAUUGAGCACCUACUGUGUGCCAGGCCCAGGCCAGCCAAUCCUACAAGUUAGGACUUAAUCCCGUUUUACAGAUGAAGAAACAGAGAGUAGGACUUGCCCAACAUCAUACAGCUGGUUCCCCCCACAUCCACCCAGUCUGUGCAGACUUGCUGCCUACUAUGUCAUCGGGAACGCAAAGGCUGGGAAGAAGGCCCUUCCCAAAAUGGACUGGUGUUGCAGGGUGAGAAGCUGCCCCCUGACUUCAUGCCAAAGCUCGUCAAGAAUCUCCUAGGCGAGAUGCCUCUAUGGGUCUGCCAGAGUUGCCGAAAGAGCAUGGAGGAAGAUGAAAGGCAGACAGGUCGAGAACAUGCAGUGGCGAUCUCCUUGUCACACACAUCCUGCAAAUCACAGUCUUGUGGGGGUGACUCUCAUUCCUCUUCGUCCUCCUCUUCAUCGUCCUCGUCCUCCUCCUCCUGCCAUGGGAACUCAGGGGACUGGGAUCCCAGCUCCUUCCUGUCAGCACAUAAGCUCUCGGGCCUCUGGAACUCUCCGCACUCCAGUGGGGCCGUGCCGGGUAGCUCACUCGGGAGUCCUCCUACCAUCCCUGGUGAGGUUUUCUCUCUCUCGGAGCACCACCGGCACUCAGACCUCACUGCUCCACCUAACAGCCCCACUGGCCACCACCCCCAGCCCGCGUCGCCGAUCCCAUCUCACCCCGGGUCCUUUGGCUCACCACCCCAUCCACACCUGCCACCUGCUACCCCGGCAGCGCCUUUCCCUGCCCAAGCUUCAGAAUGCCCUGUUGCCGCUGCUGCCGCCCCACACACCCCAGGGGCAUGUCAGACUCCCCACCUGCCCUCCACCAGCAUGCCGCUCCUGAAGAUGCCUCCACCAUUCUCAGGGUGCAGCCACCCCUGUAGUGGGCACUGCGGCGGGCACUGCAGCGGGACUCUCCUCCCACCUCCCAGCUCUCAGCAGCUCCCUAGCACUCACAGCAGAGACCCUGGGUGUAAAGGGCACAAGUUUACACACAGUAGCCUGGCCUGCCAGCUCCCCCAGCCCUGCGAGGCAGAUGAGGGCCUGGGUGAGGAAGAGGACAGCAGCUCAGAGCGCAGCUCCUGCACCUCAUCCUCCACUCACCAGAGAGAUGGAAAGUUCUGUGACUGCUGCUACUGUGAGUUCUUCGGCCACAAUGCGCCACCCGCUGCCCCGACGAGUCGGAAUUAUACAGAGAUCCGAGAGAAGCUCCGCUCGAGGCUGACCAGGCGGAAAGAGGAGCUGCCCGUGAAGGGGGGCACCCUGGGCGGGAUCCCUGGGGAGCCCGCCGUGGACCACCGAGAUGUGGAUGAGCUGCUGGAAUUCAUCAACAGCACGGAGCCCAAAGUCCCCAACAGCGCCAGGGCCGCCAAGCGGGCCCGGCACAAGCUGAAAAAGAAGGAAAAGGAGAAGGCCCACUUGGCAGCAGAAGCUCUAAAGCAGGUGAAUCGUAGUGUUUCUGGAAGCCGGGAGCCAAGGCCUGCCAGGGAGAGGCUCUUGGAGUGGCCUGACCAGGAGCUGGAUCGAGUAAAUAGCUUCCUGAGCAGCCGUCUGCAAGAGAUCAAGAACACUGUCAAGGACUCUAUCCGUGCCAGCUUCAGUGUAUGUGAGCUCGACAUGGACAGCAAUGGAUUCUCUAAGGAGGGUGCUGCUGAGCCAGAGCCCCAGAGCCUAUCCCCCUCAAACCUCAAUGGUUCCUCAGAGCAACGGCCUGACAUUAAUCUUGACCUGUCCCCUUUGACUUUGGGCUCCUCUCAGAACCACACGUUACGAGUUCCAGGUGAGCCAGCCCCACCAUGGACAGAAAUGAGAGGCUCCCACCCACCAUGGACAGAGGUGAGGGGGCCCCCUCCUGGUAUCAUCCCUGAGAAUGGGCUAGUGAGGAGACUCAACGCCGUGCCCAACUUGUCCCGGGUGAUCUGGGUCAAGACACCCAAGCCAGGCAACCCUAGCCCUGAGGAGCCAGGCCCAAAGGAGGUUCCCAGUUGCAAGCAGGAGCUGCCCGAGCCCGUGGUCUCAGCUGGGAAGCCGCGGAAGGGCAAGAGACAGGGCAGUCAGGCCAAGAAGAUCGAGGCAAGCCCAGCCCCACGGUCCCCUGCCAGCCUCGAGGUUCCCAAUGCCAAGGGCCAGAUCCCCAGCACCAAGCAGCCAGGCAAGGCCACAGAGUCUCUCAAAGUGGGCAGCUGUGCUGAGGCUGGAGAAGGGAGCCGGGGGAGUCAGCCAGGACCAGGCUGGGCUGCUGGCCCCAAAGCUGACGAGAAGGGCAGCUCCUGGCGAAACUGGCCAGGUGAGGCCAAAGCACGGCCUCUGGAGCAAGAGUCUGUGCAGCCCCCAGGCCCAGCAAGGCCACAGAGCUUGCCACAGGGCAAGGGUCGCAGCCGCCGGAGCCGCAACAAGCAGGAGAAGACAGCCGCCUCCUUGGACGAUGUGUUCCUGCCCAAGGACAUGGAUGGGGUGGAGAUGGAUGAGACUGACCGGGAGGUGGAGUACUUCAAGAGGUUCUGUUUGGAUUCUGCAAAGCAAACUCGUCAGAAAGUUGCUGUGAACUGGACCAACUUCAGCCUCAAGAAAACCACUCCCAGCACAGUUCAGUGAGCCCCUGCCGGGUCAAGCUUCUUCAGGGUGUCCUGAGACCCCAACUGCCAGCUGAAGGUCUACAGUUUCUUCCUCCACAUCCCUAUCCACCUGCCCAAGAUCCUCCCUGCUCCUCGCCAUCCUGGACCAACCAAAAGUUGAAUGGACGCUGUGCCGUGCUGGGGCCCCUCAGGACCUCCGCAGAGCCGCUUCCUGGUGCUACGCAGCCUCCUCACUCAGAGCCCGGGGGCUGAACUGGCUUGUGGGCUGGGGGCUGAUGGUACUGCUGGCCCAACACUGCUCUCUUUGUGUUUGGUUUUGUUUUUGUUCUUGUUUUUCAAUUCUUUACUUUUGAUACUGUGAAGAUCUUUCCUCCCGAAAGAUAAAGCAACAUUUGGACACAGA